GCAUGUAAGGUUUUCAUGUUGUUAAGGUUGUUGCAUAUUGGCAAGUCUGAGACACGUGGUCACAAUUUCGUCCUCAAUGCAAAGUUUGCUGAAAUUGAUGCUGCAAACUAUGACGAGCUGCUGUUACUGGGUGGAAGAGCGCCAGAGUAUCUUGCUCAUGAUCCUCUUGUUGUGGCACUGGUGAUCAAGUUUUUCAGUUCUGGAAAAGCACUUGCUUCCAUUUGCCACAGACAGUUGAUUCUGGCGGCUGCAGGUGUAGCUAAAGAUCGCAAGUGCACUGCUUUUCCUCCUGUUAAACCGACAUUGGUUGCCUCUGGUGCUCGUUGGGUUGAACCAGACACCAUGGCAGCAACAGUGGUGGAUGGUAAUCUCAUUGCUGCCGCCACUUAUGAAGGGCACCCUGAAUUUAUUCAGCACAUUAUGAAGGCACUAGGAGGCAACAUAAGUGGCUCCAACAAAAAAAUCCUUUAUAUUUGUAGGAAGGGCAUUCACUGCAAUUACUUUAGGUGGGCUGAGGACGACGAGUUUGAAGGAUUAGAGCACUUAGGAGAAGUUAAAACUGAGGCACAAAUGGAGAGUGAUGCUGCUUUGUUGAACCAUAACAUAUCUUGGAGAAUGAUGACCUUAGAAGCUGAAUGGGAAGUGAAGCAGUUACUGUGA